AUGCGCCAGCUCGUUGUAUCUGCUCCCGCGUUCGUCAUGCGCCUCUCCUGGGAAAUGCCCCGAGAUCCUUCUCCAUUGAGCGCCUACGCUGGCGAUUUCGGGCACAGACAGACACCGUCGGCUGCACCCGGAAGAAGGAAAGCAACGCUUGCCUCCUCGCUUGUCGACUCUGACUGUCCUGUCUGGCUUCUGGCUCUCGUGGCUGUUCCCGCGCUCCUCGAAAGCAUCGACUCUGCACUGGCUUCUCCAGCGAGCAAGGGAGGAAGCACGAGCCUCUGCGGAGCUGCACAAGCUGCAGAGGCGGAGGAGGAGGUCGCGGCGGCCACGCACGACGCCUGGGGCGGCGUGAGACGCUUCACUGACGCCCUGGGGAUUCCCGAAAACCGGUUCAUCCACUUUGGCUCGGCCUUUACACCUGCUGCUGGCGAGGCGCUCGCGCAGGAGCUUCUCGCGCUGCAGACUGACGGCUCGGGUCUGCCGCUCUGCCUCUGCAUCAACUCCUCAGGCAGCGAGUCGCUUCUAGAUGGGAGCCUCGUGUCGCCAUUUGACUCGGACUGGCAGGCGGCUGUGGCUCUCCUCCGCGGUCGUCUCCUCUUGCAGUUGCCGCCGCCUCUAUCUCCAGCCGCGGAGGCUCCGCCGCGGGGCUGCGCUGCGCCGGUCGCCGCAGGCCUCAGGCCCUCGCUGGCGACGGUCGCGAUGGGCCGCGCGUGGGGGACGGCGGCGCUGCUGCUCGCCUGCGGAGCCCCGGGCGCUCGCGCGGCGACCCGGAAUACGAGCAUCGCGCUCCGCUUUCCGCGCGUGAGUCUCGGCCGCGGGACGGCGCGCGAGCUGCGGGAGCGCGCGCGGGCGAUUCUCGCGGGGCAGCGCUUCCAAGCUGAGCUCUUGGCUGCUGUGCUGUCUAGCGGACGCCGCCACCCGGCGGAGGUUCAGAGGGCGCUGCAUGUGAAGACUGCCAGCCUCGCGCGAUGGGAAGGCUCACGUGAAGCUGCGGGGGGGGUCACGGCGAAUCUAGGCGAGGCAGCUGCUUCAGGGAAAGAGGACGCGAUCGGGAGCUUUCCAGGCGUCACAGGCAGCCCGCGCGGCCUCGAGCCAGGGCAAUACAGCGGCGAGGACGAGAGAGGCAAGGAUCGGCGGGACGAGCGUGAGCAAGGAGGUCGCGGAGACGCGGAGGGCCUCGGCGAGGCGGGCUCUUGCGCCGACGCACUGCUUGCGCUAAUGAGAAAAGGAACAUUUCUGACUGCUGAGCAGGCCUGGCAAAUGGGAAUAAUUGACUACGUAAGCCACAAAGAGGCGAGAUGA